GAUGGCGGCCGCCGUCGUCGGCGGUGUCCGGGGGGGCCGCAGUGAGGCGUAAAGCCGGCCUUGCCGCCAUGCCCAAGUACUACGAGGAUAAGGAGGAGGACGGGCGGGCCUGCGGGGGGGUGAGGGAGGACCUGCGGCAGUGCCUGCUGGAGAGCCCCUGCGUCCUGCAGGAAAACAAAAGCCCUAAACAAUGUUUGAGGGAAGGACACUGUAGGAGUUUGCAAAUGACAUUUUUUGCAUGCAAAAGAUCAAUGUUGGAUACCAGGGCAAGAUUCAGAGGAAGGAAGGGGUACUGAAGUCCUCAUGAAGAGACCCAGCCAUGGGAAAUCAGGGUUCAUCAGCACUUUAAGCAAAAUAGGGACUAAAGUAAGAAGAUUGUAUCUGCUGCAUCCUUUCAUGCAGUAUUUUCAUGGAAAAUAUCUACUCCUGAGAAUUCUGCAAGAUUGACCUGGAUAUGCAUUUAAAUGUUAAAAAGAAGGCAAGCAUAAAACUGCAAGUUCUGGCCAAAAUGGUUACUUGUCAUGCACUUGCAAUAAAAUAUGUAAAAUCCAGAAUAAGCUGUAGAAGUAACCAUUCUGUUUUGAAGUGAAGCUGUCUUUUGUGGUUUUACUAGUUCUGAUCAUGCUUUACUAUUACACAUAAUACAAGAUACGGAACUGGGAGUUCACUCAACUGCUAUCCCAGGGGGUACCUCAGGAUAGAGCUGUCAGAGGUGACAAGUUGACCAAGGUUGUGCAAGCUGCUUCCUCCCCAGGGGGUUUGUUACUCAAUAAACCUGCACUAAUAGGUAGGAGUGGCGAUGUUUUAGCAGUGCCACAUACACAAGGAUGGCAUCUCUUUCCUCUUGCUACGAAUUCCGUAUAAUGUGAUGAUUGAUAUACACGUUUAUUAGCACAGUUUAGUCUUGUUGGACAGCUAGAUUAAAAUUUGGUUAAAUUAAAGGAUGACUGAUUUAUUUUUCAGUAAUCUGUCUUCUUGUAUUGACACAAGUUCAAGAGAACUAAAGCAUUAUUCUAGUCAAUGACUUGAAAGCUGUAUGCCAGGAAGUAGCUAAUUAUGUAUCUUUGGAUGGGUGAGGAAGGUAUUCCUCAGCCCAACAGUUAAGGAGACCAUGGCUGCUAUUACUGUGUUCUAGAAGUGUUUACAACAGUAUUUAAGUUCCUCUGAGAUGAUCCUGAAUGAUCUUUCUGCAUUAUUUUCCAAGCCAGUGUAUAAAUAGUAAUACUAGGGAUGAUGAUCUGGACUUUAUUGUGUUUAUAGGAAGUCGUGCUCCACAAAUUUACUUUGUGAGCAUUUUUCUUGUUUUCACUUUGUCUCUUCUCUCUAAAUUCUUCGGUUCACAUUUAUGGAUGUAAAAUGUUCAAACUGCCAUUCAUAUUCAUUUAAAUUGUAACUAGUUAAUGCUGUAUACGUCUUAAAACUUGCUCUUCCUGUAGAAUUUUUUUGUACUUGAGUAAAAUUUUGUAUGGUUUCAUAAAACAGCGGCAGUGAAAAAGCAAAAAAAUGAAUAGAGGAAAAUACUGUUUCGCUUUUCUUUGAUCAAGGAUGACCGUGGCAGAUCUGUCUGCAGUAUGACAGUGUUCUUCGAGACAUAAAUAACAUCAAUCAAUUAGUCUCUCUUGCCCCACCCUGGUAAGGAAGUGAGAUUUCUGGGGGUAACAAGCAUUAAAUAGUG